UUUCCAGCGGUUGAGUUUUAGUAUUUAUACCUUAUGGUUGAUCACAAAUUAAUGUCUAACAAUCCCUUCCACAAGAAGCAAAAGCAAAAUACUUAGAAGAAAAACUUCAUAUCAAUAAAAAUGGUGAAGUUUUCUUCUCUUCUUGUACUUUUCUUUAUUUUCCCGAUCGCACUUGCUCAACUGCGAGUCGGGUUUUAUAGCCAGUCAUGCCCUCAAGCCGAGACUAUCGUUCGCAAUCUGGUGCGCCAACGGUUUGGUGUUGACCAAACCGUCACUGCCGCUUUGCUCCGUAUGCAUUUUCACGAUUGUUUCGUUAGGGGCUGUGACGCUUCCCUUCUCAUUGACUCAACCAACUCUGAGAAAACGGCCGGACCAAACGGAAGCGUUAGAGAAUUUGACCUGAUCGACCGCAUCAAGGCUCAGCUAGAGGCCGCGUGUCCAUCCACGGUCUCGUGCGCUGACAUCAUCACAUUAGCGACACGUGACUCCGUAGCCUUAGCCGGAGGCCCGAGCUACAGCAUUCCCACGGGAAGGCGCGAUGGUUUGGUCUCAAACAAUGUUGACGUGGCCCUUCCGGGUCCAACAAUCUCAGUCGCCGGAGCCGUCAGUUUGUUCACGAACAAAGGGAUGAACGUGUUCGACGCUGUGGCUCUUAUAGGAGCACAUACCGUUGGUCAGGGAAACUGUGGUCUGUUCAAUGACCGGAUCACUAAUUUCCAGGGUACCGGACGACCUGAUCCGUCCAUGGACCCAGCUUUGGUUUCCAGCUUAAGGAACACAUGUAGAAACAGCGCGUCAGCGGCACUAGACCAGUCGACUCCACUAAGGUUCGACAACCAAUUCUUCAAGCAGCUCCGUAAAAGGAGAGGAGUGCUGCAGGUUGACCAGCGGCUUGCAACAGACCGACAGACUCGUGGUGUUGUGGCUCGAUAUGCUAACAACAAUGCCUUCUUUAAACGUCAGUUCGUUAGGUCAAUGAUAAAGAUGGGAGCCGUUGAUGUGCUUACCGGUCGUGCUGGUGAAAUUAGGAGAAACUGCAGGAGAUUCAACUGAUGACCUUGAUGAAUUACUACUAAGUGUGGAAUUAAUUUUAUUUGAUAUUGUUUAGAUCUUAUUUAUGUUUCUAAAUCAUUGUUGUGUGUUUUGUUGGAUUUUUGUUGCUUAAAUAAGUUUUUCGUGAAUUGGAUAUAUAGUUUCUAUUCUUGAAAAUGUAACUAUAUGUUGGUCUGAAUAUUCAGGAUGCAUCUUAAUUAUUCUUAUACAUUUAUUUUCUGGUA